GCGUGGCUCACCGUCGAACACGGACACGGUCACGGCCGGGCCACCCAGCCAGAGCCUUAUUUUCACCGUCAGUGUGAAGGUACGGUGCGCGCGCGCGCCGCAGCACCCGUAUGCUAUGCAAAAACCCCUAAAGAUGUCAAUGGGGCCCGCGACCCGCGACCCGAUGGGUAUUUACUCUAUUAGUGUACCAAUAUGGAGUGAAACCAGUACACAAACGGAGCAAACCCUUCACCCAUUGGGUACGCGGAUAUGGGGACGUUCUAGUAGUCCCCAUACCCAUUUACCCAUGGGUGAAAAAUACCCAGCCCAAAACUAAAGAAGCCCACCAGCCACCAGUCCACCGGCAGCCCAUACACUGAAACCCUAUGUAGUGCUAGCAAAGUAUUACUCUCUACUACGUGAUUUGUAUGGACAAUGAACUAUUAUGGUGUUGUGACUAGUGGUUGCAGCAGAAAUUAUUAUGUUGCUAUUUGCUAGGUAUAUAGUGAGGUGGCUAUGUGACGAUGCUUGUGAAUGGCUAUGUGACGAUGCUUGUGAAUUGCUACUACGUGACUGGUGCUUGUGGAUUGCUGAUGUUUCGCGGGUAUGGGUGACCCGUCGGGUCUAAUUUACCCACCCGGGUAUGGGUCUGAAGAAAUUUCUCCACCCAUCACUGUAUAUGGGGAUACCCGUGGUAUCAUAUUGUUGUCACGGGAAUGAGUCUGGAGAGUUCAUACCCGAUGGGGAUUUACCCGUUGCCAACACUAAACCCCCACCGCUGCGCCUCUUCACCCCCCAUCGGGCAACGCAUUGCUAUUGCAACCGGUAGCCGCAGCUGCCACGCGAUGCGCUAGCUGCCCCCCCGCCCCCCUGCUUUUGCUCUCUAUAUAUAGCCGCGGUGGACGCGCGUUUUGAUAUGAGCCAGUGCUAGCAACUACUAGCAGCAAGUGUAGUGCACCAAGCUGCUGCUACUACGUGCGUGUGCGCCAUACGUGUAGGUUGCUAGCUAGCUAGAGAGUGUGGAACUGAUCGAUCACCAGACACACACACACAAGGACACAUAAUAUCUUACAUGCGUUACGUAGCUGCCACUCCGACCAUGCCGGCCUUGACGACGACGACCGCGGAGAGCGCCGCCGAACCGCCUCUGGCGGACAGCUACCUCGACCUGCUCCGCCGCGGCGGCAUUGCAACGCCACCGCGGACCGAGGGCCGCUGCUGCGUGCAGGAGCGCGAGCUGCCGUUGAUCGACCUGUCGUGCCUGCAGCAGAGGAGCGGCGGCGGCGGCGGCAGCGCGAGGGCGGCGUGCGCGGACGCCAUGGCGCGGGCGGCCUCGGAGUGGGGCUUCUUCCAGGUGACCGGGCACGGCGUGAGCCGGGCGCUGCUGGAGCGGCUGCGGGCGGAGCAGGCGCGGCUGUUCCGGCUGCCGUUCGAAACCAAGGCCAAGGCCGGGCUGCUCAACGGCUCCUACCGCUGGGGCGCCCCCACGGCGGCCACGUCGCUCCGCCACCUCUCGUGGUCCGAGGCGUUCCACGUCCCGCUCGCCAGCAUCUCCGGUGCUGCCUGCGACUUCGGAGACCUCAGCUCCCUCAGGGGCGUGAUGCAGGAGGUGGCGGACGCGAUGUCGCGGGUGGCCAAGACCGUGGCGGUGGCGCUGGCGGGGAGCCUGCUGCAGGGCGGCGGCCACGACGAGCACGAGGCGGCGGCGGCGUUCCCGGCGGGCUGCGACGAGACCACCUGCUACCUGCGGCUGAAUAGGUACCCGGCGUGCCCGUUCGCGGCGGACACCUUCGGGCUGGUGCCCCACACGGACAGCGACUUCCUCACGGUGCUGUGCCAGGACCACGUCGGGGGCCUGCAGCUCCUCAAGGACGGCCGCUGGGUCGCCGUCAAGCCCCGCCCGGACGCGCUCAUCGUCAACAUCGGCGAUCUGUUUCAGGCGUGGAGCAACAACCGGUACAAGAGCGUGGAGCACAAGGUGGUGGCCAACGCGACGGCGGAGCGCUUCUCGGCGGCCUACUUCCUGUGCCCGUCGUACGACUCGCCCGUCGGCACGUGCGGCGAGCCGUCGCCGUAUAGGGACUUCACCUUCGGGGAGUACAGGAGGAAGGUGCAGGAGGACGUCAAGCGGACCGGCCGAAAGAUUGGGCUCCCAAACUUUCUCAAGCAGCAAUCGCGGCAGUAAAAAGAUUGAAAAUGACGGCCCGCAAAUGCGAACCAGCGGCGAUCCUUUUCUUUUCUUUUUUUUAAGGAACUGGAGGGGUUUGCACCCCUACAGAAAAUGGAAUAAUAUAAAAAGUAGAGGUUCAGUAAAUACAAGAAACCAAAAAAAGCAGAGUCAAAGACAUGACCCGCUCAAGAAACAAAGAACGUUAGGAAGAAAAUCAAAGACAACACCAGUACGGGCCUGGCUAAACUAAG